ACAUUGCUUGUGCAAGCAGCCUGCAAGCAAAAUGAAGAAACUAUUUGUAUUCCUAGUGGUUCUUUCCUUGGCUGAGUUGGCUGUGGUGAUUGGGCUCGGGGAGUGUUUUGAUUUCCAUGAAAAGGAGCUGGAAAGCGAGGGAAGACUGUGGGAUAUGUACGAGAGGUGGAGGAGCCACCACACGGUGUCCAGAAGCCUUGAUGAGAAACACAGACGCUUCAACGUGUUUAAGGCAAACGCGCACUAUGUUCACAGCUUCAACAAGAAGGAUAAGCCGUAUAAGUUGAAGCUGAACAAGUUUGCAGACAUGACUAACCACGAGUUCAGGAGCAUGUAUGCUGGAUCAAGAAUCAAGCAUCAUCGGAUGGCGGUGAAAGGGGGUUUACGAGGAAAUGGAACGUUCAUGUAUGAGAAUGUACAGAGCAUCCCCCCCUCCGUUGAUUGGAGGAAGAAAGGGUCGGUCACCCCGGUCAAGGAUCAAGGGCAGUGCGGUAGCUGCUGGGCUUUCUCGACUAUUGUGGCAGUCGAGGGGAUAAACCACAUAAGAACAAACAAUUUGGUUUCCCUGUCGGAACAGGAACUCGUUGACUGCGACACAGAGCAGAAUCAGGGCUGUAAUGGAGGACUUAUGGAUAUAGCAUUCGAUUUCAUCCAAAAGAAGGGGGGCAUCACAACUGAGAAAAACUACCCUUAUCUUGGUGUAGAUGGAAAAUGUGAUGUGAAAAAGGAGAAUUCUCCAGCAGUGUCGAUAGAUGGACAUGAAAAUGUACCAUCCAACAACGAAGAGGCACUGUUGAAAGCCGUUGCUAAUCAGCCUGUAUCAGUUGCUAUAGAUGCAGGAGGUUCUAAUUUCCAGUUCUACGAUGAGGGGGUGCUCACAGGAGAGUGUGGUACAGAGUUGGACCAUGGGGUUGCAAUUGUGGGCUACGGGACAACCGUAGACGGAACCAAAUACUGGAUAGUGAAGAACUCAUGGGGACCAGAAUGGGGAGAGAACGGCUACAUCAGGAUGCAGCGUGGAGUCGAAGCAGAAGAGGGACUCUGCGGGAUAGCAAUGGAAGCAUCUUAUCCUAUCAAGAAGUCAUCGAAUAAUCCUGGAGAACCUAGCAAAUCCUUCCCCAAGGAUGAACUCUAAACCGCAUUCACAUCAACAGCAGAUUUUGCAGCUGCUCGCUACUAUUUAUGUUUCUUAGUUCCUAAGGUAACUUCUCACGGCAUUCUACUAUCACUAUGGAUUGCAUCAACCUAGUAGAAUCAGACGUUUAUGUACUGGAUAUGAUCACAGUACAUUAAUGCAAUAAACAUUUCUUUCUA